AUGUCGGCAGCCUUGCAACAGGCCAUUGUCCGUGCAGGGCCCCAGUCGGGCCGCCUGGCGGCACGGUCGACACUCUGCCCAGCUCUGCGCCCGGCCCAGCUCCGGCCGACCGCGCGGACAGUGCGGACAGUGCCCACAGCUCUGGCACUCCGCCGUGCUUCGACAUACCGGAACCCCAAUGACUCGAGUCUCGAUGACGACGAUGUGCGGCCGCCUCUGGCGCAGCAAAAGUACAAGAACAAAAAGGUCUGGCCGCCCGACUUUACGCGGCUGUCGCCGCAGGAGCAGCUGCGGUUUGAGAAGCGGUUCAAGCGGCGGGUGGCACUGGCCUCGGCACGGCCUCGCUGGGUCAAGUUUAUCAAGCUGGCGCAGCUGUUCAGCGUGACCUUCAUCUAUUGCGUCCUAUUCAUGGAGUGGGAGUACGGCCCUCAGCCGUUCGCCGGGGUGCGCGAGUGGUUCUGGAAUACGCUGGGUCUGAUGAAGGGCGGAGGGCAGAACAGUGCCGUCCGCAAGGCCGAUGAGAGCGCACGGGGAAAUGCAGCUGCUGGGAAGUGA